GGCAGCUACAGUACCUUCAUGGCCGUAUUGAGGCCAGAUGCUCUGUAGUGCGGAUGUAACUCUACGUCAUGCCAAUCGGGUAGGGAUCCAACCAAGCAAUGGGGGGCGUGGGGGUAAACGGCAUCCCUCACAAUCAACUGCAGGACGCCCUCUUAAAAUCUACACACAAAAGCAGAUGCUCGGCGACCCAUUCGGAUUUCGCAAAGGAGUCAGUCUCGAAAGGUGAAAAUAGUAGAGCAGACUAAAAAAAAGCAUUACAAGCCCUUGAAAUGGUAUCCGUAGAUGAUAUCCGAACCACAAACAAACUAACCAUCUUGUAGUUAACUAGCUUGUACGCCUGGCCUGUGCCAUGCGAUAGCCGUCAUAUAUAACAGUGAUAUAAAUCUAUUUAUAAUCGCUUCCCAGGGACAGG